AUGGCGACAGCACUGGUUAGCUCGAGCGCGCCUUAUCAACACCACGCCCCGUACAACUCCGGUUAUCCUCACUCGGCGCCGCCCACCAGUAUUGCCGCCAUGAUUUCUCCGGUUGAGCCGCGACGGCCCUCAGACGAGCCCGAACCUGCUCAAUCGCACAGGCAAUCGCUACCGUCAAUAUCCGAAGUGAUUUCGGGCGCGAAGCCAGUACAAUUCUCCGCGCCACCACCGGCGCAGCUGCCGUCGCCCCAGGGCCUUCCAUCUCCAUUCACAUCAGCACCAUCCAGGCCGUUUGGAGAAGUGCCAGCGGACAAAAAUUCGUCGCCCAGAGCGUUGCACCCAAGCUCUUCUGGCUACCCCGGACCCGAGACGCUCCUUGCCUUUUCGGACCCGGCACGGCCUGCCUUGGCGAGCAGACCUGUGCCUCCCCCGCUAAACACCUUUGCCGGACAAAACCAAUCACCCCCGGUCAAGUUUGAGCAGCUUGAGGCCGAGCAAAGGCAUGCUGAGGCUCAAUCCCUCGGUGCCGGUCACCGGCAGCCAGCGCAGCCUCUGCCUGCUCUGUAUACCGACACGGGCAAACUUCCCCCAGGGCAGCUCCCCUUGUCAGCCUAUCCCGUCUCACCUAGACAUACCGGUCCAGCCCUCCCUUCUCCGUACGAGUCGCAACGGUCUGGUGCGCAUAGUGAGGAGGAUGACUACCCUCAUCAUCGCAUUAGCGACUAUAAAGCGGCGUUUGACAAGCACUUUGAGACCUGGGGUUAUCAGGAAGCUCUGCAACAGAUCGCGAGCUCAUGUCGUACGGGCUACAAUUUUGCCGAGGCGUACGUAGCUGCAGCACGGGAGCAGCAAGGCUCGCAGCCAAUCCCAUCUAGGAUGCCUACGGAAAACGAAGUCAGCUUGCUGCUCAACAAUCUGAUUCUCGCGCAAAAGAAGCUGCAAGACGUCCGCGACAUGAUUCAGCAAAACAGGUUGCAUAAUGAGCGGGCGCGGGAGAACGGUAGCCGCAAGUCCGAAGACGAGGAUGUGGUAAUGUACGGCGACGGGAUAAAGCCAGCAUUUGGCAUAAGUGAGGGGAAAAAGCGGCGUGGUGUAAGUCAGGCGGCGCAUGUGCACUCAAGGAUCAAUGCUAAUGCUCAGCAGCGUGCCGCUCCUCCGGGUAGGUGUCACAGCUGCAAUCGGAUCGACACACCGGAAUGGAGGCGUGGUCCGGAUGGCGCGAGGACCCUUUGCAACGCUUGCGGGCUUCAUUACGCCAAACUAGAGCGCAAGCGGCAGCUAGACCAGAGGUCAAUCCGGCCGAAACCCACGGACGAGAGAAAAUAA